CCUCGUCUCGCCCCUCCCGGGCCCCAAAAUUCGCGCGGUGAUGAGCGGCGGGCAUCUGAGCAAGGAUUUCUUCGAGCUCAUCAAGAGCAUCGGCGAGUGCAAAUCGAAGCAGGAGGAGGACAAGAUUCUGGCGGCCGAGGUGGCGACGCUGCGCCAGCGCUUCACCGAGCAGCUCAGCCCCAAGAAGAUGAAGGAGGCUGUCGUGCGGAUGAUGUAUGCGGAGAUGCUGGGCCACAACGCCGACUUUGGCCACAUCCACGCCGUCAACAUGUCGCAGCAGACCAACCUCAUCGCCAAGCGUGUCGGAUACCUGGCGUCGACUGUCUGCUUGCACUCUGGGCACGAGCUCACCACGCUGCUGGUCAACACGAUGCGGCGCGACCUCAAGUCGACCAACCACGUCGAGGUCUGCGCCACCCUCGUCGCGAUUCCAAAGCUGGUCAACCUCGAGACGCUCCCUGCGCUGAUGGACCCGGUGUGCGCGCUGCUCGACCACCCCAGCGAGGUCGUCCGCAAGAAGGCCGUCAUGGCGCUGCACCGCUUCUGCCAGCUGCAGCCGUCCUCGGCGGCCGACCUUUCCGAGAAGCUUCGGCGCGUGUUGUGCGACAAGGACCCCGCCGUCAUGGGCGCGUCGCUCUACAUACUGCAUGAGGGGGCCGAGGCGGACCCAAAGGCGCACAAGGACCUCGUGCCCUCGUACGUCUCCAUCCUCAAGCAAAUCACGGAGCACCGCCUCCCCUCCUCCUUCGACUACCACCGCACCCCCGCGCCGUGGAUCCAGAUCAAACUGCUCAAGCUGAUGGCGACCCUGGGCACCGCCGACCAGCGAGCGUCAGAAGGCAUGUACGAGGUGCUGCUCGACGUGCUGCGCCGCGCAGACACGGGCAUCAACAUCGGGUACGCCAUCAUCUACGAGGCGGUGCGCACGAUCACCGCCAUCUUCCCAAACAUCCAGCUGCUCGAGACGGCGGCGAGCCACAUCUCGCGCUUCGUCUCGUCCGACAACCACAACCUCAAGUACCUCGGCAUCAAGGCGCUCGCCGGCAUUGUGCAGGUCAACCAGAAGUACGCCCUCGAGCACCAGCUAGUCGUAGUGGACUGCCUCGAGGACCCGGACGAGACCCUCAAGCGGAAGACGCUCGACCUGCUCUACCGGAUGACCAACGCGGGCAACGUCGUCUUCGUCGUAGACAAGCUCAUCUCGCACCUCCGCGAGACGUCGGACGACGCCUUCCGCGCCUCCCUCACCGAGCGAAUCACGCAGCUCGCCGAGCGGUACGCGCCAGACAACUCGUGGUUCAUCAGGACGAUGAAUUGCGUCUUUGAGCUUGGCGGCGAGCUCGUGCGGCCGGACGUGGCCCACAACUUGAUGCGGCUGAUUGCCGAGGGGUCCGGAGAGGACGACGAGGCGGACAUGGCGCUCCGCCGCUUCGCCGCGGCGACCUACUACUCGAUGCUAGACCGGCCGAUCCUCCCCGACAUCCUCGUCUGCGUCAUCUGCUGGGUGCUCGGGGAGUACGGCUACCUCAUUGGCGGCGGAGUGGCGCGCGAGCCGGAGACGUAGUCUCGUCUCCCCGCCAGCGCUCGAGAGGAGACGCACUCCGUCGUGCGAUACCACGCCACACCACACCACACCACGCCACACCACGUGUCCUCCCGGCCCGACCCCUCGGCGCAAUGUACGGCGCAGGCGCUUGAGGAUGUGGUCGACAAGCUGGU